CAGUUAGACAUUCUAGUGACAUGACACUUGUGCUUUUCUGCUUUUGCGUGCGGUUUUAGUAGUUCCAUUCUUACAUAUUUUACUGAAACCCAAUUAAUAAUUUCGAGUAAUAAAACUAAUUAAUAACUUGGGAAAAUGGCAACCAAAGUACAAGGUUUAGUUAAUUCUCUUUUGGUUCAAUCUCGUCCAAAACUGGAUGUUUUUGUAAAAUAUGCCUUGGUUGAACUAACUCCACCAUCACCUACAGAUAUUCCAGCUAUUCGGCAAGGAAUAAGUAAUAUACUUAAAGGUGCACGUACUGGCGCAUGGAAAAAUACAAGUGUAAAACAAGCUUGGAUUAAUACACUCGUCACAAUGGAGGUAUUCUUUUGGUUUUACGUUGGUGAAUGCAUUGGAAAACGAAACCUUGUUGGUUAUAAUGUUUAAGAUAUUUAAUAAUUAAAUCACUAGACAAGAUGACUUGUAUACCAUGGGGGCAAAAAUUUAGAUCGAAAUAAAAUAUGUUAAAAACAAAA